AUGAAUUAUGAAGCCGAAAGAGCUAUGAAUCAGAAGCGAUUGCGAAUGGAGGGUGAACCCGGCCACGGUGUUGUUCAGGGGAAUGGUUUACCUCUCAAUUAUAUUGAUAAUGGCCACCAAAUACCUUAUCAACCGUAUGCGGGCGCAUAUAACACUCACUACCCACCUCCAGAUGCUUUUGCCGCGUAUGGGCCACCGCCUCCGGGAGGUUAUGCCCCUCAGAACUUAUCAUAUGUGCCACCAGCACAUCAGAACUAUCCUCAUCAUCAGAGUUUCCCGCCACAACAGCCGCCGCAGGCACAACUUCAUAUGCCACAAUCCCAUAUGGGUAAUUUCAAAUUUCAAGGUUAUGGAGAUGUUGUCCAUAAACCAGCCUGGCCACCACAACCGCACUUGCUUCCACCACUUGACACCCAAAAACCUCUAGACAUUAAUAAGUUGAAGUCUGAAAUUAAACUGGAACCAACGGACGCACAUAAAAGACCACAUCCUGAAAAUGAAAUUAUGGGUGGUGAUUUAGAUCAACCGAAAAUAAAAAUAAAGACAGACAUAUUCAAGCCGGAUGACUUAGCUCACAGACCGGACAAGUUGAGUGAUAUUUCUCAAAAGUCUCUGGAUGUAUCACAGAAGCCUACAGAUCUUCAAAGUAAAGAUAUCAGCCACCCAAUCAUUGGAGCCGAAAAAAUUACAGACAAACCAACCGAAGCGUCUAAACCAGAGGGAGCUAGCGAAGGAGUGGUCGAAGCACAUCGCAGUGCUGAACCUAGCGCCACAGUCAGCGACAAGAGUGAAGAGGACAGGAAACCGUUUAGCAGUCCAGAGCUUCCAAAGUCUGGCUCGAUGCCAGGCAAAGUGCCUACUCCCGGUAGUGAGGCGAAGAAGCGCGGGCGGCCCAAGGGCUCCACCAACAAGCCCAAGGCGCCGGGCGCGUCCCCGGUGCGAGGCGCGGCCCUGCCCCCCGCGCCGCGCGCCCCUCCCCCGCGGCCCGCUCCGCCGCCCGCGCGGCCCCGCGCCGCCGGCUACCAGUACGCCAUCAGACCCUUCCGGAAGGACUUCUCUGGCAUUCAGUUUAGAAGGCGAUGGAGCGACGACUGCCUGGACUCGUCGCACAUCCCCAACGAGGUGUACUUCGGCGACGUGCCGGUGUCGCUGGAGGUGCUGUACAACUACUACGACGCCAACGCGGAGCGCGAGCGGCUCGCGUCGCAGGCCGCGCACAUCGCCGCGCAGAAGGCGGCCGCCGCCAAACUCGCGCAGGCCAAGCUCCAGGCGCGCGGCCUCGUCUCGCAGGAGGUCACAACGGUGGACUCAUCAUCAUCAGACGACUCUUCGGGAGAAUCCGGCAGUGAUUCAGAAGAAAGCGAUGACGACGUACCUCUAAAGCGUGGUCCGGGGCGGCCGAAGGGUUCCAAGAACAGUCCGAAGGGCGCGGGUGCGGGCGGGCCGGGCACGCCGGGCGGCGGCGCCACGCCGGGCCGGCGCGGCCGCCCGCCCGUGCCGCCGGAGAUGAGGCAGCCGGGCAUCACGGACAUGAAGAAGUUCUGUAAAGCUGCCGGCAUCCGGUUCGAUUAUAAGAAACUUGUUGAAGGUUGUACGAAAAACAAAGAACGUGUACAGAAGAUGUUAGACUUACUCAUAGCGGCAGGCUUAGAAGGCAAGCCGACAAUAGAGAAGUGCCAAGCGUUAAAGAAGGCCAAGCAAGACAAGAAGGAACAAGAGAAACAGGCGAAGAAAGACGCGAAAGUAAAAAGUAAAACAACGACGCAAGAGGAUGGUACGGAGACGUCGGUCCCGCGGCGCAUGACGCGCGGCGCGACGGGCGUGAAGCCGCGGCAGCGCAUCGUGAUCUCGUCGGACGAGGAGGACGACACGCCCGCCGCGCGACGCACGCUCUCCAAGCUGCGCUCCUCCGUCAACGACGACACUGACUCCGACUAG